AUGUUGGGUAGAAAGAUUUUGUUGCUGGAAAGUUUCAGUUCGAUCAAGGUAAAUCUUCAAAGUAAAGGUUUAUCCGUCAUUUCACCUCUGCUCUAUCACCCGAGAGGCUUCGGCAGUCAACGUUCAUCAGGAUUAAAUUGUGCCUCGCUUAAAAACCGUAAUUCCUUCUCAUUAGCACUCGGAUCUCUAUACCCUUUCACAAAACACAAUCAACCCUCACGUUCUUAUGCGACUAGUUUACCGGGACAAUUCAAAACCUACAAACCUCGAACACCUGGUCUUAGAUGGUUAAAACGGCCCAUUAAUGAUCAUUUGUGGAAGGGCAAGCCCGUACGGAAACUCACCAUUGCCAAACGCGCCACAGGCGGUCGUAAUCAUCAUGGCCACAUCACCGUGCGUCAUCGUGGUGGAGGCCACAAACGUCGCAUUCGUAUCGUGGAUUUUUUUCGGUGGGAACAAGAUCCUCACGUGGUUGAGCGCAUAGAAUAUGAUCCAAAUCGUUCUGCACACAUUGCUUUGCUUACAAACCAAGUAACGGGAAAGCAGAGUUACAUCAUUGCACCCCAUGACUUCCCCCCCGGCUCGAUCGUACGAUCUUAUCGAGGAACUUCCAAAGAAAACAAUGAAGACUCGUUGGUCACCCGCGUCUUGACUGCGGAAAAAGGUGAUUGCAUGCCGCUGAAAAUGAUACCGGUUGGUACACUUAUCCAUUGCAUAAGUUUGAAACCGCAAGGACCCGGAAUCCUGUGUCGUUCUGCUGGAUGUUCGGCGCAGCUGAUUCGCACAGGUGACAAGGGGUACGCGCAGGUGCGUCUCAGUUCCGGGGAAACUCGUUUGAUUCACGUGGAUUGCUGCGCGACAAUCGGUACGCUAUCGAAUCCGGAUCACCAGCACAGAAUGCUUGGCAAGGCCGGACGGUCGAGAUGGUUGGGUAUUAGACCAACGGUGAGAGGUGUCGCAAUGAAUGCUUGCGAUCAUCCUCAUGGCGGUGGUCGAGGAAAAAGUAAAGGAAAUAGGCACCCAUGUAGUCCAACGGGUGUUUUGGCCAAAGGUUCUGCGCCAUUUGACGUAUUGGAACCUGAAGGCAUUGAAAAAUAUAAACCGUACGACAAACCAACUCCUAGCGAUAACCUUAGAGAAGAUGUUCGAAAGAUAUAUAGUCAACGCGUAUUCAAAAAUUUGACCGAGGAGGAUAAUGGUGAUUCCGAAAAAAUAGAAGAGAAAAAAGAUCAAAAAUCGACAUCCAUUAAAGAUAUGGAUGAACUAGUGCCCAUGAAGAUUUCUAUCAGACAGACCGUUGAACAAUCGAAUAACGAGAUUGGUAUUGGAAUAGCUAUUUUAAAUUUAAUACUAUAUCGACCAGGGUUUAACCCAGACCACCCACUUCCAAUCAAUCCUGGCUUAAUACAACAUACUUGUCACGCUUUUUCUCCGCCUACUAAACCAUUUGAGGUUCAGAAUCUCAAGUUGAUGUUGGGAAUGAAACGCAAGCAAAUUAAACAUUCCGCGGAAAUUCUAUUAAAUGCAGCCAAAAAACUCGAUAAUAUCGUCAAGAAAGAAGAAAGUUUCUGGAAUGAAGCAUUAUCAUUGAGAGAGUGCCAUUGGAGCAUGCGCCGCGGUGGUAAAGAAAAAAAUGCCGGGCAUCAAAUUUUCGUUAAUUACGGAUAUUCGGAUGCUGGAUCUAAUUACCCGGAAAAUCCACUCGCACAAAUAUUAAGAUCACCUGAAGAAAGGCAGAUUGUCGUGUCCUUACCUCGAAGGCCUAAGAGGGCAGUUAAACUAAAAUUGCAACAGAAACAAAGUAACCUUAGUGGUGGAAAGCUGUGUGUACAAGAAAAUACCUUACCUCGUUCCGAGAUAACCGAAGACUCGAGCAUCCAUCAGCAACUCGUGGUUGCUCAGAAAGCAAUUUUCGAAGCCGAAUUGAUUGAUCAAAUAAUACGUGAGGCGCGUUCCAUGCCAAACGUGACAUUAGUUGAGAAUGAAGUAUCUAUUCGAGUAUAUCAGGGAGUGGAUUUAAUUAUUCAAUGGGCUAAUGUUGACGCGAUGGAAGAAUCUUCUUUCGCCGAUAACGCCGAUAAUUUUAACAUUAAUAUUUCACCAGAGUCUUCCACUUGUGAUGUGUUGAAGCUGGUAAUGAAUCUUCUGGUAAGGAGGUAUCACAGAAGGCAUUUGCUUAAACAGCAGGAACGCGUGUUACAUGGAACGAAAGGAGCAACUCGGGAAAUGGAGAUAAAUUUAUUUUUAUUGAAGAUUGUUCACGAACAACUGACUUAUUUGACAGGGCUGGAUAACAUGAUAUUUGGAAAUAGUACUUGGAUUUUGGAUCCGACAAUGAUGGUAAUAUAUAAGGACGUUCCACCGGUGUUAACUGAUUCCGUCGCAAAAUGGCAGAAAGCACUUUGGAGACGUCCAAUUAAAAUCUCAAUAGUCAACGGACAACCUUCGCCAGAUAAUUUAACACUGAAGGUGGAAGCCGUUGAAAUUGAAAAGUGCCCAGAGUUGGUGAUUGGUAGUAUUGAUAGCGAAGAAAAGGCUAAUAAAAAGGAAUUCGAUGAGAGAAUAUUCGAAUUCUUGAUCAAUUUGGUGUAA